UUGCUAGCUGGACAUUUUUUUUUUUGGAAGCCAAAUUACUUCCUACACUUGAUCCGUUAAUGACAGCAAUACGCUGACUUUACAAUAUUAACUGCGUUAAAUUUUACCGGGUCAUUACAAGAAGGACGUCAAUUCGAUGAGUUUGGAAUUAAAGUAAUGAAAUGUCAACACGCCCACCAUCCAUGCUCAUUUUAUACAAACAUUAAAUCAUGGAUGUUUGCAACGGGAAAAAGAAGAGAAAGGUAAGCAGAGGCGGCGGCCGUGGUCUGGUGUGCGAGCGAAAUGUGGCCGGAAAGCCGAAACGAGAAGCGGCUAAAGUCCUCCGUUCCCUCACGGUGGAGGACAAUAACAACUACCCGGAGCCCAUGGAGGAAGAGGAGGAGGACGACUGCUUCUCUAUUAGCUUCCUCCGGCCAGGUAGGACAGAGCCUGACAUGCUGGUGCCACUGUCUGUGCCGCCCCGGUACACCCUUAUCCGGGAAGUGGGCCGGGGGAGCUACGGCGUGGUGUACGAGGCCAUCGCCCGGAAAACCGGAGCCAGGUUGGCCGUGAAAAGGCUCCUGUGCGACGCCCCGGAGAACGUCGAGUUGGCUUUGGCCGAGUUCUGGGCCCUGACCAGCCUAGAGAACCGACACCAGAAUGUGGUCCAACUGGAGGAGUGUGUCCUACAAAGGAACGGUUUAGCCCAGAAGAUGAGCCAUGGCAACAAGAGGUCCAAACAAUACCUGAGGCUGGUGGAGACCUCACUGAAAGGAGAACGCAUUGUUGGUCAGCCGUCGGAACCAUGUUACCUCUGGUUUGUCAUGGAGUUUUGUGAAGGCGGAGACCUCAAUCGAUACAUCUUGUCUCGUCGACCCGACCCCCAGACCAACAGGAGUUUUAUGCGCCAGUUGACAAGCGCUGUGGCUUUCCUGCACAGGAACAACAUUGUUCACAGGGACCUGAAGCCAGACAACAUUCUAAUCACACAGAAAUCCGGUGCACCAGUUCUUAAAGUUGCUGACUUUGGCUUGAGUAAAGUUUGCGCUACAAUGAAUUGUAAGAACGCUGAGGAGUUGCCCGCAGCAGGUGUUGGUAACAAUGAGAACAACAUUGUCAACCUUAACAAGUUAUGGUUGUCCUCUGCCUGCGGCUCAGACUUCUACAUGGCCCCCGAGGUGUGGGAGGGCCACUACACGGCUAAGGCGGAUAUCUUCGCCUUAGGCAUCAUCAUCUGGGCAAUGAUCGAGCGGAUCACUUUCAUUGACGCCGAGUCCAAACGGGAGCUGUUGGGCACCUACGUACGCCAAGGCUCGGAGAUUGUGCCCGUCGGCGAGGCGUUGUUGGAGAACCCAAAGAUGGUCCUCCACAUUCCUCAGAGGGCCAGGACCUCCAUGUCAGAAGGGGUGAAGAAACUCCUUCAAGAAAUGCUUGCGUUCAACCCUCAGGAGCGACCCGACGCCUGUCAGCUGGAGGUGCUGAUGAAUCGGGUCACGUGUCCCGCGUGAGCAUCCCAACUUCUCAACCCCUUCCCUUUUUAAGACAAAUUAGUGAAAGAAAGGACUUCUUAUUUUCCAGAUUUUGUUUACCGCAUGGAUGUGGACUCUUGACAAGACAAAGGGAAUCCCAUCAAUUCGAGACUGUGAAGAGCACAAGACUUAAUUUCGUACCAAUGUGAUCGGGUUCCUCGCUUGGGAGCAGCACGCAAACAUCUUUCUUCCAGCACCACCCAAAAUCUUGAAUCUGUUUUGUUUUCUUUUUGAUUUGUGACGCACCCGCUAUCAGUUUCCUAACGUUGUGCCUUAAGCACGGUCUUCCAACGCUAACACGUAAUCACACUUUGCGUUCUCUUCACCCGACUUUCCUGUGUGGAAACGGGGGAUGGAGCGCCAAGUGAAUGAAUGAAUGAAAGGGUAGAUUAGCAACACGGGAGACUGCAGGGGGUCUCCCAAACGUUUUGCAUUUGUAUCCACGGAGCUCCACCGAACCUUCACUCUCCAUUGUGCAUCUGACCAAAGCAUGAUGUAGCAUUUUAUGUCAGUCACUUUGCAGUCGUGGUGGACACCAGUGUAUUAGGCUACCCUAUGUGGUGCGGAGCUACCUCUUACGCAACACUCUUUACCGUUACACACUCAGUUUGUUCAAAACAUCCUCAGGUUCUUGUAAACCUCUACUAAACAAGCCCCUGACUAGUUUUCUCGUGGUGGUUGAUCUAUACUGCUCACUAACAUCCUAGCCCGCACAACAGUCACCUAGAUGUAAUCUAGUUCCUAGAAGGUGUUUUUUUUUUUUAGUUAACGCAACGUUAAGACAAUCUCCAAAUUUAUUAAUUGUUUCUUUUAAUGACCGUUUUACAAAUGCAAGUGUGAUCAUUCUCCAUUGCGUUACAUUGGGAUUAGUUCCAAAUCAAAAUGACCAAAUGCAGCGAAAAGAAAUGAGUGAUUUUAUAAAAAUAUCCAUUGAGAGCUUUGUACUAAAUGAUAAAACUUUUAAUGCUGUGCAGCAAUGUUGAGAGGUUUGGGGGUUAUUUGACAAUAUUUUUAUUUUGCUGUGGUUUAUGCAGUGCUCAAGCGUAACAAAAGAUUUAAAAAGAAUCUUAAACUUGAGUUCAAGCUUGUUUCUAUUUUAUCGUUCCACGUGGGGAAAAAAAUUCACAAUUUCACACUAUGCAAAAUGUUUCACUGCCUCGCUGGGAACAAUUUACAGACACGUUAUUGUGUGUGUAAUAAAAAUGUAGGACCUCUGCAUUUUUCCCCACUGUGUACUGAAAUCUUUUUAUUUUAUGUGUUUUUGUUACUGAAGCUGACGUGAGCCAGUUAGAGGUUUUUGUGUUAUUUGUUUUCCUGUAAAUAUAUUUGACAAAGUUUCUUGAAAUAAACGUUAAAAGUUGAGUUGA